UACAGAAGCCCAACCACUGGCUUUGAGCAGCUCGUUCCUUAAGUAUGUUGGGACCCAGACCUUUUAGUUUUACUUCAGUGAUCUCAAAAGCAGGAACCUCGUGUUUGCCACUCUUCCAGUUGGUGCUCUCGGACCCACCAUGUGAAGAAAAUGAAAUGUGCAUAAACUAUAAAGAUCGAUACACAAGGGACUGGUAUAUCUGGUUCUUGCUGCUGAUUUUCCUGAUGACUCUUCUCUGUGGAGUCAUGUUCUUCUGCCUCCAGUGCUGGCUGAGGAGACCCCGAAUGGAAUCCCCAAGUCGCACCAUGGCUGUUUUUGCUGUUGGAGACUUGGACCCCGUUUAUGGGACAGAAGUGGCUGUGACACCAACUGUUGGAAUUCACCUUCAAACUCCAAACCCUGAAAUGUGUCCUGCUCCAUGUUUUGGCACUUUAGACCCCCCACCUCCAUAUGAAGAAAUUCUGAAAUCAAGCCGAUAGCUCCAGAUCAUCAACUGACAACAUUAGAAACAUUUUUAAAAAAUUCUGAAACGUCAAAUGUAGGAACAAUUGUUUUAUUUAGUGUGAAUUUUCAGAAAUCAAUUAAUAUAGCCUGAAAAAGGACAUUUAAUAUAGUCUGCAAAAAGACAAGAGAAUGAAUGUAGAGAAAAAAUUUCAGUGAGGGAGAUGUUUCAGUAGUGAAUUACUGGACUUUUUGUGUAUCAUUGCUGUGUUCUGUUUCAUGCUAUACAACCAAGUGAUUGUCUCUCUAUCAAAACUCCCAUUAACGCAUGGAGUAGUCUCCAUUAAGUACAAUUCCACUCCAGUACACAUCACAGCUUUCUCUGCCUUAUUCUCUGUUUUCAUCCGACCCCUCCCCUCGUAUGGAGUUAAUAAGAGUUAUCAUAAUUAAACGAUGGUCCAAGCGGAGAUUCAGACAUGUCCAGACCCAAACCAGAAAGAGAAUAUUUGAAUUAGGGUACAAGAUGAGAGUAGGAACAAGGGGCACUCAGAGUUGAAGGAUGAAGGGUGAAUGAAGGAGAUUAAAAGUCCCCGUUCGAAAAGGUGCCUGUCUCAGCCUGAGGAGAGAAAAAGUGUAGAUGGAGGCUGAAGGAGACCCCA